AUGAUUUCAUCAAAAACUACACAAAUAAAACCUUUUUAUAUAUUAUGUAUAAUAUCUUUAAUUGUUCCGAUUACAUUCAUCACCACAUAUGCUAUAACUGAAGUACGUGGAGAUGAUGAUCAAAUUAUUCCAUAUAUAAGUGAUACAAUCGAUUUUGCCCCAGAAAGUUGUAUUGGAACAUUUGGAUUAUCAAUUAUAGCAUUUUUAAUGAUUAUUGUGGUAUUUAUUAAACAUUUAAUUAUAAAGAAUAAUAUAAUUGAAAAGGAAUAUUUUGAUGAUAAAAAAGAGAAAAAAGAAUUAAGAUUCAAUAGAUUUUCAACAUCAAUGGGAUUCAUUAGUGGUUUAUCAAUGCAUGGUGUAUCAUCUUUUCAAUUUCAUAACGCAAACCUUGUUCAUGUUAUCUUUGCAGCAUUGUUUUUUUUAUGUGGUUUUAUUUAUUUAUUAACUCAAACUAUACUAGAUAUUAAAAAUUCAAGUGAUAUUCCUUUGAAAGUUUUAAUAAUUAGAAAAAUAUUAAUUUGUAUAUCUUGUUUAUUUAUUGGUUAUAUUAUUACACAAUUUUUUAUCGAUAACUUGGCAGCAAUUUUUGAAAUUAUGUCGGCAUUAUCUAUAUUUGCAUAUAUGGUGACAUUCUUUUAUGAAUUUUCAAAUCUAACAUUAAAUAUUGAAUUUAGUAAAUCCAUCAAAAAAAUUAAUGGCAAUGGAGGAUAUCAUAAUAUUGAAAGUAAUUAA